AUGGCGACGGUGGCCGGACUACCAAAGUACGUGGUGCUGAAGAACAAGUCCGUGGGGAAAUACCUCCACUUCCUCUGGAACGACGAGUUCGGCGACUUCUACAAGGAUCUCGGGUGCAAGCGCGACGUCGACGAGGUCAGCCCGUUCAUCCAGCUGGAGGUGGUCCCCUCCGCCGCCGACCCGUCCCUCAUCCACCUCCGCUGCUCCUACAACAGCAAGUUCCUCCAGCUCACCACCAAGUACGGCGUGUCGUGCAUCUCCGCCACCGCCGACGCCGCCGACGAGGACAAGGCCAGGGCCACCUCCACGCUGUUCCAGCCCCUCUUCCCCGCCGGCGAGCCCGACACCGUCGGGUUCAUGCACGUGCAGACCCAGUGCCACCUCCGGUAUUUUUACAACGACGGCUACGGCGACAUCAACUACGUCGCCUGCGUCUACGCCCACGAAGGCGACGGGUUCGACCGCUACGAGUUCGCGGCGUGGGAGUCGUACGCGGACAAGAUGAGGAAGAAGAAGGACGAGGAGAUCCAGAAGGACGGGGAGAGCCUCACCGCCGAUGCGAUGGUGGCAGAUCUGAGGAAGGACAUCGCCGAGCAGAACGCGCAGCUGGAGGCGGCGUAUAAGGAGAUUGCGGCCUUGAAAGCGGCAGCCGGCGGCGAGUGA